AUGGCGUUACGGCGUUGUAGGAUACAUAAGUUGUCACCGACAUUAACUGGCAAGAAAUGUGUUUCGAGUACACAAUCGGCAGUACGAACCUAUUACUCAAUACAUCAUCCUGACCCGGCACCAUUCCCACCCAUCCAGGCUCAGAUCCUCUCUACUGCCCUCAAGAACGUUCCUCGUCUAGGCUUCUCUCGCGAUGCGUUGUUAUCUGGCUGCCGCGAAAACGGCUACCUCGAAGCAUCAGCUCAACUCUUUCCACGAGGCGUCUAUGACCUGAUCCACUACUACCUCGUCACGCAACGACUUGCUCUCAAAGAAAAAGUCCAAUUUCAGCAAGACGCUAAGCUGGGCUUGACACAGAAGGUCAAGACGUUGACCUGGGCUCGCUUACAGGCUAACGUGGACGAUGGUAUCAUAGAGCACUGGCAAGAUGCGCUGGGUCACAUGUCGCUACUGGAGAAUAUCCCAGCGAGUCUGAAAGAGUUGGGCAAUCUGUCAGAUGAGAUCUGGUAUCUUUCCGGGGACACUCAGGUCGAUUUUGGUUGGUACACAAAAAGGGCGCAGCUUGCGGCUGUUUAUGCUGCUACAGAGACCUUCAUGUCGACGGAUAGGUCUAAGGACUACGCUGAUACCAAAGAGUUUCUUGACAGGAGACUGGGUGAUGUGAGAGUUGUUGGUGGUACUGUGGGAGGCGCGAUGAGCUACAUGGGCUGGAUCGCGGGUAAUGGGCUAGGAUUGGCUCGAUCUUGGGGGAUGAAGAAAGACGCCGAGCAGCAACCGAACAACCUGGUCGGGAUUAGCUUAUUCGGAAACCAAGAUGAGGUCGAAGCAAUGUCGAGGCUAAAGAAGAAGCUCAGCUCGAUGCGAAACAAUCGCUCUUAG